AUGUCCUAUGCGACUUCUAUAGCGAACGACUCGCCCCCUAUUCAGCCUGUUAAUCUGGCCGAGGUAGAUGAGGUGACCAAGAGCAAGCAAAAAAUUACACGCAAUUCCCCGAUGCGACUGCGGAUGGAGGCUCUCAUUAAGGAACAUCAAAAUCGGAUAGUCUUUGCGCUGGAGAAUGUGGAUGGUAUGAAGUUCAGGCGGGAUGAAUGGACAAGACCAGCCGGCGGGAGCGGCAUCUCGUGCGUUCUCCAGGACGGCAAUGUCUUCGAGAAAGCUGGAGUCAAUAUCAGCGUUGUCUACGGAGAGUUAUCACGCCCUGCCAUCGAGAAGAUGCGUUCAGAUCACCAAUCCUUUGUUGCUUCGGAUGUCGACAAAUUGAAUUUCUUUGCAGCGGGAAUCUCACUCGUGCUGCACCCGCAUAAUCCCAUGGCUCCCACUGUUCACAUGAACUACCGCUACUUUGAGACGUCUGAUCCCAGGGACCCCGUUAAUGCAACUGGGACGUCCCAGCAAAAUUGGUGGUUUGGUGGAGGGACAGAUUUGACGCCUUGUUAUUUGUUUGAAGAAGACGCUCAACAUUUCCACAAGACCGUCAAGGCCGCUUGUGACAAGCACGACAAAGAUUACUACCCGAGGUUCAAAAAGUGGUGCGACUCCUAUUUCAGAAUUCCACAUCGAAAUGAAGCGCGAGGCAUUGGUGGCAUCUUCUUCGAUGAUCUCGAAGCGAGUUCGCGGCCUGGUUCGCGGAACCCGCAGGAAGAGAUUUUCCAAUUUGUCGUUAGCGGUCUGGAGUCAUUCUUACCUUCAUAUCUACCCAUCGUCAAAAAGAGAAAGGAUAUGCCCUAUUUGCCCCAACAGAAACUAUGGCAACAAAUUCGACGAGGAAGAUACGUCGAAUUCAACCUCAUCAACGACAGGGGCACUAGCUUUGGGCUGCGAACCCCUGGCGCUCGCGUUGAAAGCAUUCUAAUGAGUCUGCCACUAACAGCCCGGUGGGAAUACAUGCAUCCUGUUUGUGGCACUGGCAUUCCGGAAAAUCCAGAGAAUGCAGAAGACGCUCAGUAUGAGAAAGAAAGGGAGCUAAUGGAAGUCCUCAAGCAACCCAGAGAGUGGGUCUAA